CAGAGUGCAUCAUGUUUACCCAUUUGAGAGCUUGUAAGACUACUGUAGCAUUGUCUACAAAGGUCUUACCGAACCGCUGGACCACGGCCACCCUUACUGUCACUCGUUCCUGGUACAGUACUUCAGUUGAACGCAAAUCUCUUUUUGAUAAGAUCUUGAUCGCCAAUAGAGGUGAGAUUGCUUGCCGUGUCAUGCGUACAGCAAAGUCGCUUGGCAUAAAGACCGUAGCAGUCUAUAGUGACGCAGAUGUGCAUGCCCAGCAUGUGAAGAUGGCCGAUGAGGCAUAUUGGAUUGGUCCGCCAGCAUCGGCUGAGAGCUACCUUUCGAUUGACAAGAUCAUUGAAGUGGCCAAGAAGAGUGGAUCUCAGGCUAUUCAUCCAGGCUAUGGUUUCUUGUCAGAAAAUGCCGACUUUUCUGACCGUGUAAAGGCAGAAAAACUUGCUUUUAUUGGUCCUUCUGGUGAUGCGAUGCGUUCAAUGGGAUCAAAGAGUGAAUCAAAGUAUAUUAUGGAGAGAGCUGGUGUUCCUGUGGUGCCUGGUUAUCACGGAGACAACCAAGAUGUCGCAUUCUUAAAGGAACAGGCUUCUCUGAUUGGCUACCCUGUGCUGAUCAAGGCUAUUAAGGGAGGAGGAGGAAAGGGUAUGCGAAUUGUUCGUACUCCGGAUGAAUUUGAACAGAUGCUGUCUUCAUCCAAGCAGGAGUCAAUCAAGUCCUUUGGUGAUGACAAGGUUUUGAUCGAAAGAUACCUCGAGCGCCCUCGCCAUGUGGAAGUACAAGUUUUUGCAGAUCAGCACAACAACGUGGUUCAUUUGUUUGAGCGGGAUUGCUCAGUCCAGCGUCGUCACCAGAAAGUCAUUGAGGAGGCCCCUGCUCCCGGCCUGUCGGAAGAGAUCCGUGCUGAUUUGGGUGCAAAAGCAGUAGCUGCAGCCCGUGCAGUUGGUUAUGAGAAUGCAGGCACGGUCGAGUUCAUUAUGGACAACAUUGACAAGAAAUUCUACUUUAUGGAAAUGAACACCCGCCUCCAGGUUGAGCAUCCUGUCACUGAAAUGGUCACCAACACUGAUUUGGUUCAGUGGCAGCUAGAAGUUGCGUCCGGUAACACACUUCCAAUGUCUCAAAGUCAAUUAUCCUUGACUGGUCAUGCAUUUGAGGCACGCGUCUAUGCUGAGAACCCAACAAACAAUUUCUUGCCAGAUACAGGACCGCUUUUCAGUGUUCGCACCCCGCCUACUUCUGGAGAUGUUCGAUUAGAGACUGGGUUUAUCGAAGGUGAUCAGAUCAGUGUAUACUAUGAUCCAAUGAUCUCUAAGCUUGUCGUACGCGGUGAUAAUCGUGAUGAUGCUCUUCGCCGUUUCCGCCUUGCAUUGGAGCAAUAUCAAGUUGUUGGACUAAAUACCAAUAUUGACUUUUUGAGAAAGGUUGCCAGCCACCCUGCCUUUAUCAAAGGAGAAGUAGAGACUGGCUUUAUUCAGGAAUUCGAACAAGACUUAUUGGGUGUACCUGUCCCGCCUAACCCUGUCACACUUGCCCUGGCUGCGGGUGUGAUCCGACACCAAGAGGCCACAGCAAUUAAACCGAGUGCCAAAGAUCCUUUUAGUCCUUGGUCUAAUCUUCACAAUGGCUUCCGUUUAAACACUAAAGAUAGUUCCAAGACUGUAUUCAUUGUGGACAAUGUAGAAUACGAUGUGCUUGUUACACCCAAUUCGACCAACACACUGGAUCUUGAGGUGCGCCAGAGCUCAGAAACACUCAAGAUCUAUUCAGAUGUCGUUAUUUCUCGGGACGUAGAUGGCCAGUGGGUAUCGAAUAUCGAUAAUAAAUCAGUAAAAUCCAAUGUUGUUGUACACAAUGACAAGGUUGCCGUGUUUAAUGAGUAUGGUAGAACAGAUGUACGAUUGGCUGUCCCAGCAUAUGUUACAGGUGGUGAAGAUGCAAAUGGUGCAGCUGGUUCAGUCAAGACCCCCAUGCCAUGUAAGAUCUCCCAAGUAUUGGUCCAGGCUGGACAGAAGAUUGAAAAAGAUAGCGUUCUGGUGGUACUUGAGGCAAUGAAGAUGGAACAUGUCAUCAGGGCCCCAGCAGCAGGCGUAGUAGACCAAGUGUUGUACAGUGUGGGGGAUUUAGUUGAAGAGAACAAGAGUCUGGUGACGUUUUGCGAAUAAAAUUAUACAACACACAGACAUGCGCACACAC